AUAUUCAUACAUCACUUUCUCUGCCCAUGCUUAUAGAUUUUUCACAGCUGGAAAUCAUCUGAGCAAAUCUUUUAUAAGGGAGCAAACCCAGGAUCAGAGAGGUGGAGUUACUUGGCUAGACCUUCCCAGCUGCCCUUGCAGUUCUUUCUUCUGUCCCGGUGACCCUAUGAGCAGCUGUCGUCAGUAGACCUUUAUCAUAAGUCGAUCUUUCAUGAAUCCUCGCCUUUUGGGAUAUAGGCAUCUCAGCACAUUGCUUCCUAAGUGAUUGCAAUUUGUCAUUUUCAUACUGGAACUAGAUUGAGGGUACAACUAGUUUGAGCAAAUUUGUAGCUACACUGCCUGAACAGACACUAGGUGGCAACAGCCCACUCCAGUUAGGGUUUGAACAAUGGGACCUGAUGCUGGAAGGGGCCUUAGACACUGGAGGCCAAGCCCUCGUUUUUGCAAGAAAAGAAGACACAGAAAAACCAAGAACUUGAGACGGGAGUGACUUGCUCAGUAAUUUUUGAGCGAUCAAACGAUGCUGUUUGGAAAAAUUUCCCAGCAGUUGUGCGGUUUAAAGAAACUCCCAUGGUCAUGUGAUUCCAGAUCCUUCUGGGGCUGGCUGAAUACAGUGUUUAAUAAAGUGGACUAUGACCGCAUCAGGACCGUUGGGCCGGACAGGGCGGCGUCCGAGUGGCUGCUGCGCUGUGGGGCCACAGUCCGCUACCAUGGCCAGGAGAGGUGGCAGAAGGACUACAACCACCUCCCAACCGGCGCCCUGGACAAAUACAAGAUUCAAGCGAUCGAUGCGACAGACUCCUGCAUCAUGAACAUUGGAUUUGACCACAUGGAGGGCCUAGAACAUGUUGAGAAAAUAAGAUUGUGCAAGUGCCAUUAUAUUGAGGAUGACUGUUUGCAGAGACUUGGUCAACUUGAAAAAUUACAGAAAAGCCUAUUGGAAAUGGAAAUAAUUUCCUGUGGGAAUGUCACAGACAAGGGCAUCAUUGCUUUGCGUCAUUUAAGAAACCUGAAGUACUUGUUGUUAAGUGAUCUUCCUGGAGUAAGAGAAAAAGAAAAUCUUGUCCAAGUUUUUAAGACAACACUGCCUUCUCUUGAACUAAAAUUGCAGUUGAAGUAAAAUAAUGUUUUAGUAUGAAGGAGUAUUUGAAAUUGUUGGUCCUAAAAGGUAAUAAAUAUAUAAUCAUCAAUAGAAAUGUAACAGUGCCAUAUCAUGGCAUUUUAGAAGUACAGAAAAUAAUCUUCAUAUGUAGAAAAUAAAUAUUCAGACAUGACUCACUAAAGUUACCAAGUUGGAAGUGAGGAAUUAUGUAAUUAAAUCAUUUUAAGAAAAAUGCAAA